AUGCCUUCCCUAGUGGUACGUGGUUUUGUCCAAAUGUGGAACAUGAAGACUGGGAUGUCUAAACUAAAAGAAGCAUUCAUUGAAACAGUGGAGGGAAAGGAUGUUAAACUGGUGGUCUCAUUCAGCUCUGGAAAAUGCACAACUUUUCUGCUAAGUAAUAAUAUUAGAAAUGUGGUCCAUAGAUCUUUUGGAGACACCCAAAAUUUCCUGCAUGUAACAUUCCAAAACAAUAAUUUCUUGUUUGUUGAAGGAUUGACUUCCAGAGAUGCUGAAAAGUUGAAGACAUUCCUGGCUACCAUCUGUGAAAGGCAGAUUAAACCAUCUUCAAGCCCUGGUAGGAACAGGGAGGUCUUGAGCUCUGCAAUACCACAGCAGAAAAUCAUUAAACAACCAAUUCACAGUGUAUCUGAGAAGUUUAAAAGUAGACCUUCAGACUCAGGAGAAGAAAAUGGAACACCUGUCCUUCACGGUUUGCCUGUGUUGAUAUCCAAAUCAUCAGCACACGAGGUACCAGAAUAUCAGGGUGGGAAGAGGAAAAGAAAAUUACACUCUGAUUCCAAGAUGAAUAGGAAGAACCCAGAUGAUGAAAGCUCUUCAAAAAGCAAGAAAUCCAAGAAGAGUCCCAUGGAGCAGAGAGGUAAAAAAGAGAAGAAAGAAGCGAAAUCUAAAAAUGAGGCACAAGGGGAAUGCAGCCGACCUUUACUCAGCCUUGAGUCUCUGGAGAGCCCUUGCCUCGAUGGUGCCGGUCAUUUCCGAUCUCUCUUUGAAAAGAUCUACUUGGCAUUUCUCUUAGAGCCCAACGUCGAUGAGGAUGAAGAGUUAGAGUGGGAAGGAUUGGAGAUUACUUUAGAACUUUACCCAGAGAAAAUAUGGCACGGGCUCCCCAAUUUGGGAAACACAUGUUACAUGAAUGCCAUUUUACAGUCCCUGCUUUCAGUUUUAUCCUUUGUGGAUGAUUUACUCCAUCAGGGUUUCCCAAGGGGUAAAAUUCCCCUCGACGUGCUUAGCUUGCGCUUGGCACAGCUGCUUGUUUUGAAAGAUACGUAUAACAACAAAGUCAAGAGGAACCUACUUGAGAAUCUUAAAGAAGCCAUUUCAGAAGUUGCCGCGAUCUUUUCUGGCAACAUCCAGAAUGAUGCACAUGAGUUUUUAGGGCACUGCUUAGAUCAGUUGAAAGAAAGCAUGAGAAAAUUAAAAGUGACUAUGAAAGCUAAAAUGGAAUCUGAAAAAAAAGGCUCAGAUCAACAGGCUUUUCCUGGCAAUGCUGCCAUCCAAAUACCGAUUUGUCCUGUCGUUGCUAAUUUUGAAUUUGAGCUGCUGCGCUCUAUUACUUGUAAAGCCUGUGGUCAUGUUGUUUUCAAGGCAGAGCUGAGUAAUUAUCUCUCCAUGAAUCUUCCUCGAGGAUCAAAAGCACGUCAUUUGUCUGUUCAGUCAACUCUUGAUCAUUUCCUGGGAGCAGAAGACCUUGAAUAUAAAUGUGAGAUAUGUAAGCACAAGCAUUCCCUUGGAGUACACAAAUUUCUCAAGAUCCCAAGGGUUCUUAUUAUUCAUCUGAAACGCUAUAACCUUACCGAAUAUUGGUCAUUAAGGAAAGAUCAACGGGCAGUUGCGAUUCCCAAGUAUUUGAAUGUGUCUUCACAUUGCAACGAAAGUACCGAAGCUCCCUCUCCAUUGAAUGAGUAUGUACAUACUCGAGAUAUACAAGUCUUAAAAAUCUUUCAGAGGAUGAAUUCUGAAGCCCUUCGUUUACAGAUGCUUUCAAAGAGGAUGGGCUCGAAGUCCACGGAUUCUCGGGCCAGUGAGUCUAACAAGAAGUCAGCAUUGCCAAAAAGUCCAGUUUUCUCUAAAAGGUCAAGCAGAGACCAGCAGCCAGCAAAUCUGGAGAAUGUCUCUGUAGUAAGUGGCUUAGAGACCACAUUGACAAGCACCCAUGAUGGAACAAACAUUGCAGAAGCAACAAAUGUCAUGACAGAUUGGAAAGACACUCCUUUUCCCCUGAUGUUUGAAGAUGAAGAUUUAUCCAGCAGCAGUCAAGCUACCAAUCUUACCGAAGUUUUUCUUGAUGAUGUGCCUGAACGUGCAAGUUCAGAGACAUAUCUGGAAUCAGAUGCGUCUUUUGACAUAGAUAUUGAUAGUAUUGAUGAGAGUACUGAUGAGUUUUAUGAUGAUAACAUCCCCCAAAGGGCUGAAGAGAACCACCAGACCGAGAGAGCAAGAUUCUAUGAAAAAUCUCUUCAGGAGGCAAUUCUUCAAACCGUUCCAAAUGUAAGUGGCCAGGGGCACAUGGAAGACUUCGGAAGACAUACAGAAGAAAUCAGUCUCCAGGAGGCAAGUACGAGUUCUCAGGGUGCCUCCUGUUCUUAUACAAGUUCUGCAAAUGGCAUUUCAAAAUCAGAGAAGACCAAACCAGAAGCUGAGAAACAAAAAAGAAGUGCAGAGAUGGAAGAUCCUUAUGCCUAUCGGCUCAUUGGCAUUAUCAGUCAUCUUGGAGAUGACCUCAAUUCAGGCCAUUAUGUCACUGAUGCUUACGACUUUGAGAGGCAGGUCUGGUUCACUUACAAUGAUAUGACUGUGCUACAUGUAGAGGAGUUUCCAAUGCAAGAGGGAAGGGUUUGCACAGGCUACAUCUUCUUUUACAUGAACAGCAAGACUUUUGAAGAGGUGGCUAAACGAGUUGAGAAAUCUUCGAUUCACAAAAGCACAAACGAUCCUCCUCCUCCACCACCACCUCCUCCUCCUCCUACUCCUACUCAGUAA